CAUUUCCAUAAUCUCUCCAAAAUAUUAAUUACCUUACUAAAGUUAUAAAAUUACCUCAAUUUCAUACUCUACUACUUCAGUAUCUUCAGGUCAACGAUACGCCACCAAACCAAAACCAAAAAUCAAAAUUCUCACAAACCAAACCAAAUCAACCAAAUCCCUUUGUGGGUUUUCAUCACAACACAUCAAUCUAAAAUGGGUCGGAAACCAAAUGAUUCUGAACCCACUAAAUAUACAACUAUGAUCCUUCUUUUAAUGGGUCUUGUUUCUUGUACUGUUGUCUACAUUUUCAUGUCUACAAUUAUCAGACCCACCGGAAAUUUGACCGUUGACAGGCGGUUGACGGCGGAGGACGGCGGUGGCGGCGGUGGUGGUGACGUGGAUGUUGGUGAGUGUUGUAAUGGGAUUGAAAGUUUUGAGCUUUGGGGUGCUGCAGUGAAGUGGGGUUCUGAUUUUAAGGUUAAUAGUACUAAAGAAUGUUGUAAGGCUUGUAAGGAUAUGUGUACUGGUAAUCAUGGGCCUUGUCUUUGUGAUACAUGGGUUUUUUGUGGUAAUAAAAAGGCUUGUGGUGAUAAAUUUGGUGAGUGCUGGUUGAAGAAGCAGAAAGAUACUUUGGCUCCUGAUAUACGGGAAACAGGAAACAAGAUUAUGUGGACAUCUGGCAUUGUUUUUGGAAAAGGAGAGGGAAUUGUCGCCUUGGAAACAGAAUUUGGUGCUAUUCACGUCAAGCUUUUGCCAGAAUGUUCCCCCCACUCUGUUUUUAACAUUUUGGAGUUGUUGGGGUUGCGCCACUGUGCUGGUUGCCAAUUUUUUCGUGCGGAAACUCGUGGACAAGUUUGGGAUGCACGCGGAGAUCACAUAGAAGAUGCUUCUUUUGGCCCUCCAUAUGCUUUGGUACAAGGAACUCUUGGUGCUCAAGGAUCAUCAUUCGACACAAUUCCCAGUGAAUUCUGUCCGGAAGUAAGACGGGGUUCAGUUGCAUGGGUUGGUUCUGGCCCUGAAUUCUUUAUAAGCUUAGCAAACCAUCAAGAAUGGAAAAAUGCAUACACUGUUUUCGGCUAUGUGCUGCCGGAGGACAUGGAAAUUAUAGAGAAAAUAGCUCAGCUCCCCACAAAAUUAGAUGUCUGGACCGGAGUUAACGUGACAAUCUUGGAAAACCCCGUACCGUUGAGGGUACGAAGAGUCAAGUCCAACAAUGGUGAUCUGAACCUUAGCACUUAGAGGAGCCUGUAUGAUUUGCAGUUUACCUACUGCUACUUUUGUACAUUGAAGUCAUAGUUUGAGCUUUCUAUGCACACUUAUUAUCCCAUGUUGUAAUCAAUUUUGCAGAGUAUGUUUUCAUAAUUUGGAAAGAAGAAAUAACCCGUCGAAUUUCAUUGCCU